AUGGAGAAAGACUUCAUGAGAUCAAUAACAAUGACAAUAUUUAUCCCGAUCGCAUUUACGGAAGUUUUCAACAUUUAUUCUGAAGUGGUCGCCUACAUCAGUUUAUUUGCAGCUGAUGAAAAACAGUAUAACUAUAUCUUCAAUACAUUUCUGGCAUGGACGCAUAGCCUUCUGUAUGUGAUCUAUGAUUACGUUCACUAUAAUAUCUUGAUAAUGUUGAUAUUAAUGUUGUACUGCUGUCGGCUCGCCUAUCAAGCUGAGGAACGCAUCAAAGCCUUUCCAUUGCAUAUGAUAUGUACGGUGGCGCAAAUCAUUCCAUUCUUCCUGUGUGUGGUUUACUACAUUUCUGAUGGAACCGCGGAUGUUGCAUUGAGAGUGCUUUCAAUUUCCUCACGUGUGGUAAUGAUCAUCGGAUUCAUCAUCAUCAACUUACAGAUAUUAACAUCAUUUCUGCUGCUGGGUCGAGAACUACCGUACACUCAUGCGAAUUCGACCGACAUGCAGUUUAGGGACGCUCGAAGUCGAUUGGCAUGGACGCUUGUAUAUCUGAUUCUGCCUUAUAUUGCGUUCAUUCCAUUUCUCGGUGAGAUGAUUUCAGAUAAUAACUGCGAAUGCUGUGAAUGGAAAUGUUCGGAUGGCAGAAGUUUUGUUGUAGCCAAAGAUGUAUGCUAA